UAGGUCUUUUUUCAUUUGUAUUUACCGCUGAUUUGAGUCGUUCAUUUGGGCGCUCGCAUUAUUUCCGACAACACUUAAAGCCAACAGAUCCUCCGCUAAGCUAGUAAGUAGUGAGACACCUUUAUCCCAAGGAGAGAAGUGUUUAAGAAGGUGUUAGUCAAGGGUUUGCUUCUUCUGUUCACUGCACAAAAUGCUCAACCCGCAAAGAUCUUUGUCUGAUCUGCCCAAGAUGUCCGCUGCCAGUCAAGUGGAGAGAGCUGUGUUGGAGGAGGAAUUCAACUGGCUGCUUAAAGAAGAAGUGCAUGCUGUCUUAAAGCAGCUCCAGGAUGUCCUUAAGGAGGCAUCUAGACGUUUCUCAAUGCCAACCCCAGGCCUGGAGAGUCAGCUCAAACAAGAAAACUUCAUCCUCGGCAGCUCAACCAUGGAUCAAGUGAAGGGGGUGCUGACUCUGCAGGGAGAGGCUCUGACUCAGGCCGACAUUAACCUGAAGGUCGCAAAAAGUAGCCAAGUGCUGCACUUUCAGUUCAGAGAGGACAAGCAAUGGAAGCUGCAGCAGAUCCAGGAUGCCAGGAACCAUGUGAACCAGGCUCUGCAGCUGCUGCACAGCCGUGAUGAGAGCUACCAUUUCAAGACAGGGGCUGAGGUUAAUAAGCUCAUGGAUGCAGUGAUGCUCCAGCUGACGCGAGCACGAAACCGCCUCACCACCCCAGCCUCCAUGACACUGCCUGAGCUGGCCACCAGUGGUCUGAUGAAAAUGUUCACUCCUCCCAUGCCUGGGGAUGUGAUGGUGAAUUUUUACAUCAACCUAAGCAAACUGUGUCUGACUGUCUACCAACUUCAUAUGCUGCCUCCCAACACCACCAAGAAUUUCAAGCCAGCUGGAAGCUCAGUGUUGCACAACCCUGGGGCAAUGUUCGAGCUCAACAACAACCGGUUCGAGGUAAGCCAUGUUCACAAGGUGGAGUGUGUGGUGCCCUGGCUCAAUGAUACGCUGGUGUUCUUCACCAUCUCCCUGCAGCUCUGUCAACAGCUCAAGGACAAGAUAUCAGUCUUCUCGAGUUUCUGGAACUACAGACCAUUCUAAUCCCCUUCCAGUCCAUUCUCCAGACUAACCACACAAGUGUAAGGGAAAUCCUGGGAAAUUUUUUAUUUUUUUUAUAUAUUUCAUUAUCGUCGCUGUCAUCGUCAUCCAGUCAUUCAGUCUAAGGUAUUGCAUGAUCAGGCGAAGGAGCCAGUCAAACCCCAACAGCUAUCAAUUCACCAUUCCCAGUUGUAGUAGCCCAGCUGACUGACAUUCCUCUUAUAUAUGUGUAUUGCAUCUCACAGCACUGACUUGAACUUCUGAAAGAAUGAAUGUGAUUGUUGUUGAUUUAUCAUUAGAAUUAUUUUUUGUUACAUUCAAGCAAGUUAAUACCCUCAAAAACAUAUUUGCUCAUUGAGCUUCUCACUAUGAGUGGUGGGGUUUUACAUGAACAAAAAAUGAUCUGCCAAAGUUAGAACAGUUUUGGUUAUUUCACAUGACAGUUUAGUGUAUUUUUGUUUUCGUAUGACCUUUCUCACUGGUUUGAAGUGGGUGGGGCUCAGUUGGAAAAUGGUGAUGUCACACUCUUCUGCGCACCAAUCAGGAUUUAGCAGAAAUUUGAAUCAAAAGGUGAUGACAGCUGUGGGGCGGUUUGCUGAUGUUGCUAGAACUGUCAAUUCACAGCUUAAAUUUUGCUUUAGUCAUGAAUAUUUCUGAAGUGUAAACCUAGUUUUCAGGGGUUUUAAUCACUACAUUUAUAAAAUACAGGUAACAAACGUAAUCAGUAUACUUAAGGCCGAGUUCAAAGUAGAAUUCAGUAAGUUGAGCAAAUAUUAAUGCUGGGUGUUGUACAAAUCAUAUAUGAAAAUGAAAUUAAUACAGAGAGUGCCAUGGAAUGCUAAAAAACUUUGUGAGGAAAUACAAACAUAAAUACAAAAAUCAACCCUGUGAAGAGAUACAAAAGUAUUAUGAAAACAUUUCCCACUGUGGGCUCUGUGGGAAUAAAAAUAUGAGUCAGUUUUUUUUUGUCUGUUUGCUUGUUUUGCUUUUUUUUUGCUUUGUUUUUAAUUGUUCAUUGCCCCAUUUUCUGAAAAUGACAUGAUUACUCACAUUCCCUAUUUGUUACUACAUGGAAAUGUCUAAUUACCGUUUAAGCUAGUGGUUAUGUCUGUUGAUGUAAUCUGUGAUUUCAAGUGUUUUUCUGCUCUAUAUUCUUUUUUACAUAUGUUGCACGUUUUUCAUUCCCUGUGAACUAAACACUAAUCAAAUCAUGAACAAAUUACUUGAUUCCAGUAAGUGUUAUUCUGUUUUGAAAAGCUGCCUAUUAUAUAAAAUGUGAAAAUUAUAUAUCUGUGCAAUAAAAUAUUCUAAACAAUAA